AUGGUAACAGUGACACUAGUGUGCACUCUGUCGAACACAACUGCCCUGCUGUGUGCGGCGCCCCCUUUAGGCCUGUCAGAGAAGAGCGUAGAGAAGAUUGUAGGUAAGCAGGCAGCACUAGGCUGGUCGGCUGCUCUGUGUCCAAUAACUCACUGCUUUGGACCAGAACUGGAGAUGAACCUGAACAUGGAGCAGGAGGAGAAGAGGUUGCUGAAGGAGCAGGUGCGCCACCUGGAGGUGUCCAAACAAGCUGAAAUCACCAAACUGCAAGAGGAGACGACAAAGCUCAGUGAUAAGCUGAAGAAGAAGCAGGACAGUUUCCAACGUCUUCAGACAGAAAAGGAGGUUCUGUACAACGACAGCAGAACGAAGAUUGAUGAGAUCAAUCAGAAGAAAGAGGAGGAGCUUAAGAUGUUGAAUGUUCGCCUUCAAAAGCUACAGUCUGAUCUCAUGGCAGCCAAUCAGACGACAGCAGAACUGAGAGAACGUCUGCAGAGCAAAGACAAAGAGCAUGAGCUGACUGUCCACACACUAAGAGAGCAGGUAGCCAGUCAGAGUGCAGUCAGUCAGGAGCAGGUGGAGAACAUCCUGCAAGAGAACGAUGCUUUGAGGACCAACCUAGCGGCUCUAGAACAGAUCCAGACGGUGAAAACACAGGAGAUGAAUCUGCUGCGUGAACAGCAGGAGGCGCUGACGACUGAGCUUCAGCAGGUACGAGCUGAGCAGGAGAAACUGUUUGCUCAGAGAGACGACCUGGACUCACAGCUGCAGGAGUCGAACUUUGCCAACAGGAAGUUGUUGGAACAGUUAACAGAAGAAGGACAAGAGAAGGAGAGACUACUGAGAGAGUUGGAGGAGGCCAAGAAGACAGCGGAGAAGAGGAAGACCAUGUUAGAUGACCUGGCCAUGCAGCUGAAUCAGGAAAAGUCUGACCACAAGGAGGCGCUGUCUGACCUCAAACUGCAGCAUGAGAAGGAGGUUCUCGGGGUGAGGGCUCGGUAUGAGAAGGAGCUGCGAGGACUCCAUGAAGAGAAGAAUCGCUCCGAGGAGGAGAUCAGACAGCAGCUGAGAGACGAGAAGGCUCGUUCCAAAGAGCUGGAGUGUCUCCAGCCGAGGGUGGAGGAGUUACAGGCUCAGCUUCAGUCCAUGGAGGGAACCAGAGGAUGGUUUGAGAGGAGACUGAAGGAGGCCGAGGAGCACAUGGAGAAGAAGUCACUGGAACAUCAGGAGGAGAUCAAAGAGCUACAGAGAGAACACACACUACAGCUGGAGGAGAAACAAUGUCAGAUGGAGACAGUCAAGCAGCAGCUGGUGGAGCUGGAGAAACAUAGGGAUGAAGACGGUGACAUCAUCAGCAAACUCAGACAGGAGAUCAAAGACACACUGGAUGGACAGAGGAUUCUGGAGAAGAAGGGGAGCGCAGCGUUGAAGGAUCUGAAGCGUCAGCUACAGCUUGAGAGGAAACGAGCAGACAAACUUCAGGAAAGACUGCAGGAGAUUCUGACCAACAGUAAAACCAGAACAGGUCUGGAGGAACUCGUCCUCUCGGAGAUCAGCAGUCCCAGUCGGACUCAGCAGACUGGAGAUUCGUCCUCCAUCUCCUCCUUCUCCUACAGAGACAUGAUGAAGGAAGUUCAGCCGACCAAUCAGAACAAGUCUGGAGGAGGAAGUCCUCAGUCUCAGCGUCCUGCUGAGUUGUCAGAUGAUGAGGUUGGAGAGCUGUUCCAGCGUCUUGCUGAGGUUCAGCAGGAGAAGUGGAUGCUGGAGGAGAAGGUGAAACACCUGGAGGUCAGCUGUUCGUCCAUGGCUGAGGACAUCUGCAGGAAGAGCGCCAUCAUCGAGACGUACGUGAUGGACAGUCGCAGAGACGUGUCCAGUGGGGCAGUCAGUGGUCAUGGCGGGUCCCAGGGCGACAGAGGUCUGAGUUCGGUCCUCAGGGAUUUGGUGAAACCAGGAGACGAGAACCUGAGAGAAAUGAACAAGAAGCUGCAGAACAUGUUAGAGGAGCAGCUGACCAAGAACAUGCAUCUGCAGAAGGACCUGGAGGUUUUGUCCCAGGAGUUAGUCCGUCUCACUAAAGACUCCAGUGCAGUUGGUUCGGGAUGAGACUAUGACCUGAUACACUCCAUUCCCUCAGCUGGUCUCACACUCACACCUGAACACUUUCUGGGCUUGGACUAAUACUUGGACAUUCCAGUCUGCCUGCUGAGCUGGGACUAAGUGCAGGAAUGUGUCCAUUUGUAAUUAGGGGAAUGGAAACAUCGUAAAUGUUGCUUUUGAAUGUACUGUAAUUAACACUUAUGAGUCCUGGCUAUGACCUGGAAGCCACAUUGUAACUGACUGUAAAGUUUGUUUCUGCUGUGUGUGCGCGCGCGCGCACGCGUAUGCACGCACACUUCUGUGUGUGUGCGCGCACACGCGCCAGGUCAUGUCUGGGUUUGGUCCUGGAACAGCUCAGUUUGUUCAUUUGCUGUAAGUGUGUUUGGAUCUGUCAAUUUCCUGGUCUCUAUGAAACUGAAGCUACAGCUGUAGUUUUUUCGUGGCGCGACUAAAGGUGCAAUGACAACUAAUGUAAUAUGAGUAAAUGUAAUUUUAUGACAAAUCUUCUGGGGCUAAUGCUAAGCUAACAACUCACCUGUGGCUAAUGCUAAGCUAACAACUCACCCGUGGCUAAUUCUAAGCUAACAACUCACCCGGGGCUAAUGCUAAGCUAACAACUCUCCCGGGGCUAAUGCUAAGCUAACAACUCUCCCAGGGCUAAUGCUUAACUCACAACUCUUCCAGGGCUAAUGCUAAGUUAACAACUCUCCCGUGGCUAAUGCUAAGCUAACAACUGUCCGGUCAUGUUCUAUCUGUGUUUUGAUGUUGAAAAAAAUGAUGGAUUUUCAUCAGGCGCCUCGAAAUGUUUCGUCUCGAGUUUAUUAGUCUCUAAUCAAAGUUAGUGACGCACCUUUAUGUAGUCCUCAUCAUGACAUCACAGCUCUGACAUCAUAACUGAGGAACUUUGUCAGAAUAAGUGGAAAAACUUUUAAAUUCAAAGAAUUUGAUCAUAUUUGUUGUUUUUAAAAAAAGAUAAAUAUCGUUUUUUUCAUCAUUUCAUCUUUUCUCUUGAAUCGCAGCUCGUGUCAUGUGGUUCACGUUAAACUCUGAUGUGUGUGAAGUGUUUUGUCUUUAUUUGCACUGGUAAAAACCAAACAGACUCACUUAUGUCUUAUAUUUUUAUUUCAACAUUGUUUCUCUUUAUUAGAAUUUUAGAAUUCAGUUUUUUGUUUUGUUUUUCUAAAAUAUUUGCACCCUGACCUCUGACCACUUUCUGGACGUCUCUUUGUCUUCACUGUUCUGACUCAGGAGGAUCUGUCUUUGUCCUGGACCACGACUCAUGUUGCUUUGUUCGUGUGUGUGUGUGUGUGCGCGCGCGUGUGUGUGUGAGUGAAGAUUCCGCCGAUUAUUUAUGAUUAUGAUGACGACUCUUAUUCAAACUAUGAUAAAAUAU